AUGCUGCUCGAGCUGUCGGUAAUAGCAGAUGCCGUGGCCGCCGACCGCGAGACAUACACAGAAGCUUUCCUGGGACGCCCCAACCGAGAAUACUGCACCUGGAUCCUCAACGAGGACCACUGGGGUGGGGCCAUCGAGCUGGCCGUGCUCAGCCGCCACUACGACCUCGAGAUGGUCGCCGUGGACGCGCAGAGCGCCCGCCUUCACCGCUUUGGCGAAGACCGCGGCUAUGACCAGCGCAUCUUGCUCCUCUACGACGGCAUCCACUACGACCCUUUGGUCCUCGAGCCCCUGGAGCCCGGAAGGCCGCCGCAGACGCUCUUCUCGGCUCACGACGACACGGUCUUGGCCCUGGCCCUUGAGCUGGCCAGGGAAGCCAAGGCCAGCCGUCAGUACACAGAUGUGCGCAACUUCACGCUGCGAUGCCUCGCAUGCGACAUGGGGCUCGUCGGGCAGGACCAGGCGAGGAAGCACGCUGCCGAGACGGGCCACCUGGGCUUCGGCGAAGUCUGAGUGCAUCACUCGCGCUGUUUCCACCUCAUCGUUGGCUCAUGGCACCUUGCCGGACAAUCUCGUAAGGGCUUCUGUCCUGGCUUCUCGCUGUCUGCUUUCCCGAUCCUCUUUCUUUUCGGUCCUGUAGCGUGGGAAGUGGACAUGACUGUUGGCAGACGACUUCGGAAGGUGAUUUUGGCGGAUGAUUUCGCAUCUUAUCUAGGUCAGCCAUCUGGGAAGUGAGCCAGCGACCCUGUUCGCAUAGCCCGAAUCUCUCGUCAUUUGCGGUUUAGGACGAAAUACCCACGGACUACACUGGCGUAAGGACAGCGUUUUGGCUGCGGAGGAUGGAUUACUCACUCCUGUGCGGAGCGGCUGCUAGUGUUCCUUAGUAUUUGCAGAUUUUUUUCUGAGCUAGUGGCAACAUAAUUUCUUUGUUGUGUAUAAAGAUCUAUAGUCAGUGAGAGGUUAAGAGUUCAGGGGGACUCCUCCCACCACUUUUCACUUGAGCAGACCAAACGCUGGAGAGGAAUUUGCCUCUUUUCUAGCAUUCGCUUUGCUAAAGUAUGUGGAAAGUGGCGAGAGGAGUUCCCUUUAAUUCUUAACCUGUGACCGAAUAUAAUUAGUUUAAAAAUAUACAAGACUGCUCGUAUUGCUUUGUGUCCAAAGGCCCUUUGUAUGAGGCAUCAAAAACACUCUAACAAUAUAUUUGGUAAAAUAAAAUGAUGUUGAAACAUGUUGUGGGCGGAAUCAACAGUUGCAGAAAGCAACCGAAAUAGCAAAGUGAAUUAUACUAAUAAUAAGAAACUAUGCAUACAGAAUGAUAUUGCAUAUUGUCUUUCUUUCUAAAUGUGUCUGAAUUCAUUAAUGAAAAAACUUUAUUGACAUGAGCAUUGCAUGAUGGCCUAAUAGACUACUUCCAUAAAUCCCUGCAUGCAACACUGGGCGCGUUGCACUCUGGGAAUUAGUUGUCCAGGAAGAAGAGUGGCAUGGCUUCGUUUUCGAUCGGCGCAUCGACAAGAGAUCAUACACAGAGCGUGAACUAUUAACAGCCGUUAUCUGAUGUUUCCUGGUCCCGAGUGCUUCGUUUUUGGUCUCUAAACUACCCUAAGUGGUCAAACCUCGAAGCUUUAGCACAAGCCCGAACCAUAAGUAAUGUUUGUCUUGACACAUGCUUGUUGUAAUUUUGUACUUCAGCCUUUCUGUUCGCGUUUUAAGGUAUGUGGACAAGCCAGUGCUGGGAAUCUCGACGCUGCAAAGCUGCUUUUGUAUGAGUCAACACGCUGUAACAACCAUUAAGUAUGCAUACACCAAGCCUCGCACCUUUACAUUAGUGUUGCUGGUCAGGAAGUUUGUUACUUGUUUUGUGCAUUCAUUGACGAAAUAUACCUUUUUACAAUUA